CCCCAUGGUCCCUCCCUCCCGAACUGAUGAUGCCCCGGGGUGAAAUGGCAUGCAACUCGGACUUCUUUUUCCCGCUUGGAGAGCCUCGAUCGGGCCAAAUUCUCGGCCUCGUCGCCAUUCUUGGCAUGGCGCCCCGCAUCCCGCACUCCGCAUUUUCUCUCCGACUUCAACUGCCCAGACACACAUAUUGCGGAGGAGGACGAGGAAUCCCAAAUCCCAUGAUUGUCCUCUCGGCGGGAUUCAUGCCGAACCCAGACUGCUUCACCUCCUCAACGACUUUGACGACCUUCCUCUUCAAUCCUAGGCCUUGGAGUUGCCAUACCAUGUCCUGCUGCACCGGUGGACGGCAAAUGCAAAGAAGAGAUGGAUCGACAUGUGGAACAAAUGGCUUUCCCCAGACAAUGGGGAUCAUAUGCAUCAUCCCACAUCCAGCAUGGGGUGCGCAAGGGCGCAUAUAUCAAAGCGUCUUCUGCUUGACUACUCCGUGCAAAAGGGCGCUUGGCAAGUCAUUUGAGAACCUCGAAUCUCGACCAGCAUGUUACCGAGAACCAUCCUCGUGGGCUCUAUUCUGCAGCUGGUGACAUGGGCUGCGUCACUGGAGAUGCGUCAGAGCAGCGGCGGACAGAAUACUUGCACCAUCGCCUCCAAGUAUAAAUCCUCAGGUGGCAAAGCCGAUGACUCGCCCGCGGUCGCGGCGGCGUUUGCGAGAUGCGCCGAGAACUCGACGAUAGUUUUCGGCGAGGGCGUCGACUACAACAUUCUUCAGCCCAUCGUGGCCACCAAUCUCUCCAAUGUCGUCAUCCAGAUGCAGGGCAACAUCCAUCUCCCAAGGAACAUUACCGCCAUCCAGGAGAUGGUGAACAAGACCACAGCCGCUACCAACGGCUCUGCCCUCUACUGGUUCAAUUUUGCAGGCCCUUCCAUCAACUAUGUCGGCACACAGAAUGUCACAAACGGCUGGAUCGACAGCUACGGCCAGGCUUGGUGGGACGCCAACCCCAAGAACGGCAGCGGAGCGCCGGCGCGACCACAUCUGAUGAGUUUCAGCACGACCAACGGCUCCAUGAAGCAUUUCAAAUCGCGCAAGCCCAUUGCGUGGGGGGUCCAGGUGAGCGGCAAGAACAUCACGAUUUCUGACACCGUCAUCGACGCGGUCUCGGCCACCGAGGGGUUCCCUUUCAACACGGACGGAUUCGACGUCGGGGGCAGCGACAUCCGGAUCCUGGACAGCGUCAUCUUCAACGGCGACGACGCGAUCGCGGUGCAGGCCGGGGCCAGCGACAUCCUGUUCCGGGGGGGGACCAUCGGCUACCAGAGCCACGGCAUGAGCAUUGGAUCUCUGGGCCAGAACCAGGCCAGGUGGGCCAACGUCUCGAACGUCAGGUUCGACGACGUCACGGUGAUCGACGCGGUGUACGCGGCCCGGUUCAAGUCCUGGAUCGGCGGCAAGGGCCUGGCCAGGAACGUCACCUGGUCCAACAUCAGGGUGUACAACGUGACGUUCCCCAUCUUCGUGACCCAGACGUACGUGAACCAGGGAUCCGCGCAGACCCAGAUCGAGAACGGCACCACCGUGGGGCGGCCGAACAACUCGACCGUCGACAUGGAGGACUUUACGUGGGCGAACUUCACGGGCACGAUCAACACGUUCAACCCGGGCGACGGGUCCUGCGUUAGCGAUCCAUGCUGGUACAACGUCGGGCUGCCGGACCUGCAGCACACCGAGGCCAUCAUCAUCGAGUGCAACACGGAUUCUUCCUGCAAGAACUUCGCCCUCGACAACAUCCAGGUGUUCCCCGAGACCUUCGCGCCGCCGACGGUGAUCUGCCUGAACGCCACCGCGGCGCUGAAUCCGGGGCUCGGCUUCACCUGCGCGAACGGGACGUAUACGCCUAUCUGAUCGACGAAGGGGGCAGCACAUCUUCUGGUGAAGGGGUUGGCCAGGGAAAUACGGCGACGUGUCGCGAUUAGCCCCAGAAGCAUGAGAAACCCGAGGAAAAUGGCAUUGUUCCAGGAGGCCGGAAAGCGAUCUGGGUAUGAAAGACGUGAAACUAGGUCGAGGAACAUGGCAUUCAAACUGUGAGAAACAGCCUCUCGCGCUCCUUUAUUGUGGACUUUCUCCUGGACCCAAACCUUUCAC